GUUUUUUUGAAUUACUAUGCAAUGUAAUGGGUUGGACUUUAGAGAAAUCUUUUUCUCAUUUGAAUGUGCAAUCCAAUUAUUGUCAUGCUUAUCGUAAAUCCUGAGAAUAAGGUUUAUUUCACCUGCCUUGCAUGCUCAGGUGACUUGCACGACCCCUCCAUAAAGUUUGUGUAAAAAAAUGAUGUCUUUAGCCUAGGAUGUUGAUGUGUUCAGGUUUAUUAUGUUAACAAAGUUGCAAGACGCAGAAAAAAAACACUAAAAAAAAUGACAUCGCGUUUUAAGGACUAUGAAAUUACGAAAACAUGAUUUUCCCGCGGUUUUUUAAAUCCAGUGUUCCACACAUAAAAGCAGGUCUUGUGUCAACUCUUAUCAUAAAAAGCUGUCACACUUCAAAAUUUUUACUUCCUGGGGUUUUACUGCAGUUUAGACAUACAUCUAUUACAACUAUACUUACAAUGACGUUUAAGUGACGCGGCCAUUUUGAAAUCACUAUAUAUAUGACACCUUUUUAUGAUCAGAGUAAAACUCUGUGCCUUAAAACUUUGGUAACAAACUAUACUUAAACCCAUCAACACUUAGGCUACAAUGACAAUGUCAUUGUUUUUUACACAAACUUUGUGGGCUGGUCACCUGGGUGUAAAUAAAUCUUGCAUAAAAAUAUAUUGUAAAAGACUACUAUUGUAAUUUCAGAACAAGCUCUGGAUUUAAAACUCCCCAAAAUUAAUAGGCUCAAAUGCAAAAUAACUUGAUUUCAGUAAUCCUAAUUCUUAUUAUGCAUAUAUAUUUUCAGAAAUCAUAUGGCAAGCAGCACUUUAUUUAGUUCUGGUGAUGAUAUUGUUGGCAAAAAAUAUUCAGUUCUACAGAUUAACAUUGAUGUAGAUUUGGCACAUUAUUUUGAGAUUGAUCGAUGUGUAGAAUUUAUCAACAACAAUAAUUUUGCAAGUACUGCUUUGCAAUUCCCUGAUGAGCUAAUGUGUUAUGCUUCAUAUGUUUCAAAUGCUAUUGAAGAUAGAAUACAUCAAAAAGUUUUCGUUCUUGCAGACACAUCAUAUGGAAGUUGUUGUGUGGAUGAAGUUUCAGCUGCACACAUGAAUGCAGAUUCUCUUAUACACUUUGGACAUUCAUGCUUAAGUAGAUCAGAAAGUCUCCCUGUGUUGUAUGUAUUUGGUAAAUCUGACAUUAACCCUGAUGAUUUUCUUUUAAAGUUUACUGGUAUAUUUCCUGACACUGAAGAAAAAGUUAUUAUUUUUUACGAUGUUCAAUAUUACCAUGCAGUCAAUAUAGUAAAGGAUACACUUCUUACUACAUUUUGUAAUGCCAUAUUGACAGAGUUAGAACCAGCAAAGAAAAGUAUAGAGAGUUCUGUUGAUGAGGUAGAAAAAAAGUCCGAAUCAAUUUUGGGAAGAAGUUAUUCUCUCCUGACUGACUUAUCACAUUAUAAGAUUGUUUAUAUUGGCAGUGAAGGUUUGACUUUGCAUAAUUUAUUAAUCACAUUUUCUAAGAAUCAAUUUUAUUCUUAUAAUCCAAUUUCGAAAAGUAUGCGUAGAGAAACUGUUAAUGUUAACAAGAUGCUAAUGAAGAGGUACUUCUUAAUUGAAAAAGCAAAAGAUGCACAGAUUGUUGGUAUUGUUAUGGGAACGCUUGGAGUAGCCCGUUAUAAAGAAAUGGUCACUCGUUUGAAAUCUGUCUUGACACAUGCAGAGAAAAAGUUUUACACUUUUGUUGUUGGCAAAAUAAAUGUUGCAAAAUUGGCAAACUUUAUGGAAAUUGACAUAUUUGUGUUAAUAGCUUGUCCAGAAAAUUCCUUAAUUGACUCAAAGGAUUUUUACAAACCUAUAGUCACACCAUUUGAAAUGGAGAUUGCUUGUCUAAAGACUCGUGAAUGGACUGGUGAUUAUCAUGCUGACUUUCGGCUAUUAUUGCCUGGCUCAUCCUUACAUGUCCAUGUUAAAGAUGAUUCAAUUAACAAUGAAGAACCUGAGUAUUCUCUUAUUACUGGAAAGCUUAGAAAAAACUUAAACCUCUCUAAGCAAUCAAAUACUACUGAUGUAGCUUUAAGGAACCAAGAAAGACAGUUGACAGAACAGUGUACUUCAGCUGUGGAUUACUUAGCAUCAAGAACAUGGCAAGGACUUGAAGUAAGAUCAGGUCAGACUGAAGUAAAACAAGUUGAAGAAGGGAGAGCAGGUAUCGCAAUGAGUUAUACUCAUGAGCCAGAACAAUAAGUAAAUUAUAUACUUAGUUAAGUGAUUCGAAAACUUGUACCAAACUGAGCAUGAAAUAUAUGUUUCACACUAA